ACCAUCCAUUGAAGAAAACAAGUUAGUUGAGUGAUAGCGUGAUAAAAACGUCGUGAUGGAGUGAAUAAAAAUUUCUAUUUAAAAAUUAUUUAUAAUAAUUAAUUUAUUAGUUUCUGUUUUAAAAUUGAGAUGAUGGUUAAUGCCGGUUGAACAUGUUCGAACACAUUUAUUUUUUAACAAUCAAACCAUCUUGAUCGUAUCCAUUUUGUUUCACCAAACUUCGGAAGUCUUCCAGUAACUUAACAUGUCAGGUAACAAAUUAGGCGGAGAAAUUAACAAGAUAGAUUUUGCAAUCGGCGUUGGAUUAGCUGUCGGUUCCACAAUUUUCAUUGGUGCUAGUUUUAUCAUUAAGAAGAAAGCUUUGCUCAAUUCGUCCAGAAAUGGCAGCGUUAGAGCCAGUGCCGGAGGAUUUAGUUAUCUCAAGGAGUGGAUGUGGUGGGCCGGACUCAUUACGAUGGGUAUCGGAGAAGCUUCGAAUUUUGCAGCCUAUGCUUUCGCUCCAGCUUCGGUGGUGACUCCUUUAGGCGCACUGAGUGUAUUGGUGGCCGCAGUAUUGUCUACGAAAUUCCUACACGAACGACUUAAUUUACUUGGAAAGGUUGGAUGCUUCCUUUGUAUACUAGGAUCAACGAUUAUUGUUAUACAUGCUCCUAAAGAAGAAGAAAUCGAACAUUUAGACGAUUUGAUAUCCAAACUACAAGAAUCAGGGUUCAUUAUUUAUGCGGUGUUGAUAGUGAGCAUAUCGUUAUUUGUGGCCGUUUAUUUGGGUCCUCGAUACGGUAGCGUCAAUGUUCUCGUAUAUGUUACCGUUUGCUCUUCCGUUGGAUCUUUGACUGUGAUGGCGUGUAAAGGGCUAGGAUUAAGUAUUCGGGAAACCAUCAAAGGGCAAAACGACAUGACCAACUGGCUCACGUGGAUAUUUUUAGUGAUGGUGAUCGUAUGCGUCGUUGUACAAAUGACUUAUUUAAAUAAGGCCCUAGAUUCAUUCAAUACUGGUAUUGUUACGCCGGUGUAUUAUGUAAUGUUUACCACUUUGGUGUUGAUCGCGUCGGCGAUAUUGUUCAAAGAAUGGCAGAAUUUAGAUGCCACCGAUAUAUUAGGAAACAUAUGCGGUUUCACGGUUAUAGUGAUAGCAGUCAUGUUAUUGAAUUCGUUUAAAGAGGUUGAUAUAUCGUUUCAAGACAUGAGGGUGGUAUGGCGCUGCCGAAGAGAUCACAUCAAAUACACAGUCGAGGCGGAAGAAGAAUCUGGUCAAAUAAAACAAAUCGGUCCGCGACAAUCUACUUACGUGUGAAGAUUUUUACGCGUCGGUUUGGUUGAGCUUUGAUAUCAGCGACGUGUUGUCUUGGGUUUGGCAAGAGCUUAUAGAAAUUUUGAACGAAUGAUUACCUAUUUCUCGAAAUGUCGAAAUACGAGUAUCUUCGUACCUACCUACGCUACGAAUUAAUAUUUAAGAGAGAAUUUUUCUCUAUUUUUAUUGUAAUCGGCGGGGUGUAGCGUUGAUGCUGAUUUCAAAACAAAAAAAAAGGCACGAUGAAAAGAUGUCGAUGUUGCGAUUGAAUAAAUAAUUCCACGUGCUUGAUUAUUACACGAUUUUGUUAUAUUAAAUGUACACGAACUAAUACGCUUGCGUUUUUUUUUUUUUUUGGUUUGGUUACGUAAUUACGAAAGUUUUAAUCAACGGUAGUGGUUUACUAAACAAAAAAAUGCUUGUUUUGUUGUCUUGUGAAAACGCUACCCUCUGACGAAUUUUUUCCACCUGUGAAUAACGUUAACGGUUUUUCCUUCUUACAUAAUGUUAACAUCUAAAAAAUAAUACGCUAGUUUUAUUCUAAAUUAUUUUUUCAUUAGUACUAUUUUAUUAUUACUAUUAUUUCUGUUGUUUUUGUUGUUGUCGUUGUUAUUAUUGUUUGAACGAAAAAAAAGAUGAUCGAUGAAAUAAAUCGAUGUGUUGCUUAAUUUAUAUAACGUUUUGAUAAUUUAUAUUUCAGAUCCUUGAAUUCAUAGGUUGAGAUUGGCUUUAAUUAACUGACUGAAAAA